AUGGCUAACCAUAUUAAUCUUAAAAUAGAUGGCUCCUUCAAUAAUGAAACAUCCACAUGUGGCUUUAGUGGUUUAUUUAGAGAUAGCAAUGGCAUAUGGGUGCUGGGGUUCCAGGGUUCUUCAUAUGGUCUAUCUCCCCUGCAUGGAGAACUUAUGGCAUUAAAGAAAGACCUUCAACUAGCAAGGGAACAGGGUUUUACUAACAUUGAUGUGGAGACAGACUCCACAGAUGUUAUUCUAUGUCUACAACAUGGUUAUACGCUGCUUAACAAUAUUAUUCAUGAUUGUAGGUUAUUGAUGCACCAGGUGAAAGCUCAAACAGUGGAGCACAACUUCAGAGAGGCCAACAAACCAGCACACAAGCUGGCUAAGGAUGCUCUUCGUGUGAACAAUGGCAGGGAUCUCGGAACUUUGAACUAUCCUCCAUAUUUUGUAACCGCCAUCUUAGCAAUUGACUAUGAAGCUACUACCUAUCUAGUUAAGAAUAUUAGGAAGGAUGCAUGCACUAAGCUUGCAUCCCUUGGAAAUAAAAAUGUCCUUCGUGACUUUUUAAUACUAUGUAAUAGCCAAGUAGGUAACGCCCCGCUGGGCAACUUUGAUAAUGUAGCUACUACCUUCUGA